GGUGCUGUGAGCGAGGGGGCGGGACCCGGCAGGGCGCAGGCGCAGCGGCGCCUAUCAGCCGGGCAGGCGCUUGCGCAGCACCGCCCUUUCCUGUCAGUCUCUCGGACGCACCACUCAACCAACGCUCAAAAAUGGCUGAUCCUUCUGAUGUGGAUUUUGAGACUGGCCACUCCGGGGCUUCCACCACCUAUCCUAUGCAAUGCUCUGCUCUGCGCAAAAAUGGCUUUGUGGUGCUGAAGGGACGUCCAUGCAAGAUUGUGGACAUGUCAACUUCCAAGACUGGGAAACAUGGCCAUGCUAAGGUUCACUUGGUUGGCAUUGAUCUGUUCACUGGCAAGAAGUAUGAGGACAUCUGCCCUUCCACCCAUAACAUGGAUGUGCCCAACAUCAGUAGAUGUGACUAUCAGCUGAUUGGCAUUCUGGAUGGCUACCUGUCUCUUUUGGCUGAUUCUGGUGAGGUGCGUGAUGACCUGAAGCUUCCUGAUUCAGAGCUGGGCAAGGACAUUGAACAACGCUACGCUGCUGGCGAAGAGACACUGAUCACUGUCCUCAGCGCCAUGAAUGAAGAGUCUGCUAUUGCUGCCAAGGUCAUGAGCAAGUAACUGCAACAUAGGAUACAGCUUCUGGUUUAAAAGAAAUACCCAGACCUGAGAGGCUAAAAGUGCGCUUUGGGAUUGAGAGACUUUUUAUUUCAAUGAGAAAAUGACAAAGUAUAAUUUAAUCAAAAACCAAAAAAAAAACAAAAAAAAGUUUGCAAGCGAACACUAACUUUAUUUCAGAAACCCUGGCAAUAAAACAAACCCCACUGUAUGACCAUAAGCAAAUGGGUUUUACUUUGGAGCCCAGAUCUCUUUUGACCCCACUGCUGUUGGGGAAACUUGAUGAGAUCAUUGUGUUCUGUCUCAGAAGGCAUUGAAUAGAACUGUGCCCCCUGCCUUUGUGCUACUCCCACCACCCCUCCUUCCAGGGUCAUGAACCAUUUCCUAAUUACCAGUGAGGAUGGUAGCUUUUGAUUUUCAUUUUGGCUUUUAGUUCUUAGCUGUCAUCUUCAUUCUGUACUCAUGUGUAUGUGUGGCCACUGUAGUCAUGGUUAUGCAGAGUGAUCUCAGAUCUUGCACUUGGUUCACUAGGCUGUGUUAUACAGAGAGGCAUGUGGGACUGUACAGAACAUAGGUGUGAACUCUGCUGUAGUAAGCCCUGUCUUUUUGGGGGGUGGGGGGAGUGAAUAGUCAGUGGGUAUUUAGUUCAGCUGAAAUAAAGUCUGUGUGACCCCUGUUUUGUGGAAUAUUGUCUUGUCUUCAUCUGUUUAUGCCAUCAGGGAGUGUUGAGGCUGGAUUUCCUUCAUUGAACUAGGAAAGGUCUGAAUUUUAAUAGAAGAAAUAUUGAGUUUUGAAAGGGCAGUGCCACUUUGUUUCAGCGCAGGUCAAACGUUUAGCCCCCCCCCACCACCACCACGUCUCUUGCUCUCCAACUUUUUUUUCCAACCGCCUUAUGAAGGAUACUUUUCCAUCCUGCCUGCCUCUGCUAUAAGAUCGAACGUGGGAAGCCUGAGGGGAGGACCUGCUACAGAGCAGGUCACUGAUAGCUCGACUCCGACACAGGGUUGAACUGCUUGGUAUUAAUAAGUGGUGCUUGGAUGCCCCAACCCCACUUCUAUCCAGUCUUUAGUAGGAGGAGGAAGUUUGGCCUCUUUUCACGUUCCUCCUUCCACUAGCACCCCUUGUGCUGCCCCCACCCAACAAAUCCUCCACCCUGUGUGCUAUAACAGAAUUGUGUGAAUCAGUCUGGGUAGCGGGGGUCACUAUGAUAGCAUUUUUAGCAUGAGUGGGGCUGAGCCACCAGACAUGGUGCUAUGAACCUUGUCUUAAUUGUAUUGCUUUGUCCAAAAACAGCUGUUCUCAAUGGGAAUCCCUGUUUUAAGUUCAAAAUAAACCUUGCAAGAAAUUAGGAAACUGUGUACACCUAUUUGGCUUAAUUCCACUGCAUUUUAAAAGGAAAUAAAUACACGUUUUUGUUAUGCCUUGAAAUUUGCUGAUGUUUGCCUGUGAAUUGCUUUGUGUGAAUGAGUAGCUUACUGUAUGGAUUCUCAUGGUGUGAAUGAAUAGCUUAAUUUGUGUGUGCACAUGAAGACAACUGCAAACCAUUCUGGCGCCUACAAGGCUACCUCAUUUCCCUGUAGUUGUGGCUGGUUAUACAUAGAAUGAUCUGAGAUCUUUUGCAGAGAGGAAUGUGGGACUAAAGAAUGUAGGUAUGAACCCUGAUGCUAUAGCCAGUCCUGUCUGUCUUUUGGGAGAGGGCGGGUUGGUGUUGAAUAGCCAGUGGGGGUGGGGGUGGGGGUAGUUCAGCUGAAGUAAAAUCUGUUAACCCCUGUUUUGUGGAAUUUGUGUCUUGCCUUCACCUGUUUAUGCCAUUGGGGAUUUUUGAGGCUUGGGGCUGGAUUUCCUUCAUUGAAGUGGGAAAGGUCUGAAUUUUAAUAAGAGAAAUAGAGUUUUGAAAGGGCAGUGCCACUUUGUUUCAGCGCAGGUCAAACGUUUCAUCUCUUUUUUUUUCCCCCCCUCCCCCCACCUCUGUGGUCCAUCCAGACUAAGUGGCUACUCAGUGACACACACGUUAAAGGCAGCAGUGGCUACCCCAUGCUGGUUGUAAACUAUCACUUUUAUCACUCACCACCCAAUUCCAGCUUUUGAUGUUUGGGGAGGGGGUUUGUCUGGGGUGGAGAGGGUCUAACAUUACUCUGAAUAACUAAAUGCAAACCAGUUUAAAAUAAAGUUAACAUUAAAGUUA